AAUUCCCCGAAACCGAAACACCAAAUUUCAUAACAAAAAAAAUAUUUUAUUAAGUUUACCAUGAUUGUGGAUUAGAUUGGCAACUCGUUGACAUACUUUGUGGCAUUCUACGACAGAACGUCAUUAUGAAACUGUACAACUUAUCAGCAAACGACACAAGUCCUUGUGUUGUGUUGAAGUUCAAAUCAUGCACCAUCAUGAUGGAUUGUUCAUUGGAUCUCACUUCACUUAAACAUUUCCUACCGAUGACUAUCACUGAUCAACCGCGUUUAAUGAAUUUACCGAAAUGGCAUCUAAAAGAUGAGAGUGGCAACCUAGUUCAAAUGCAGGAGCUCAAGGAAUGUGCCGGAAAGGUUUUUGUUGACGCUGAUCUUGAGUUUAAUCUGCCAGAAACUGAUCUCCUUGACAUUUCAACAAUUGAUGUGAUCUUGGUUUCAAACUCGAACACAAUGAUGGCCCUUCCUUACAUAACAGAGUAUUUCGGAUUUAAAGGAACAGUUUAUGCCACAGAACCAACGAUUCAAAUUGGAAGAUUGCUGAUGGAAGAAUUGGUUCAGUUUUGUCACAAUUCACCCAAGAAUAAAAGUGGAGGGUUAUGGAAGAAGCACAAAUAUUAUCAACAACUACCAGGGUAUAACGCUGGGUGUGAAACCUCAUUAGCAACAUGGAGAAACUGUUAUAGUUACGAUGAUGUUCAAACUGCCGUGUCCAAAAUACAUGUGGUGGGAUAUGCAGAGUUAGUGAGCAUAUUUGGAGCGCUUAAUGUUACAGCUCAUAGUUCUGGUUAUUCAUUGGGGAGUUGUAACUGGGUGAUUGGGACAGAGUUUGAAAAGGUGGUUUACAUAUCCGGUAGUUCCAGCCUCGUCACCCACCCCCAACCAUUAGACCAGCAACCUCUACAAGAUAGUGAUGUCAUCAUAUUUACAGGCCUUACCCAUGCACCACAACAUAAUCCUGACAACACACUGGCAGAGUUUUUUUUCUGUCUUGCUAAAACAGUGAAAGGUGGUGGAAAUGUUCUGAUACCUUGUCUACCCACUGGAUUAAUCUACGACUUGUUAGAGUGCCUGUUGUUAUACAUGGAAAAAACCAAUAUUAUAAAUAUCCCAAUUUACCUCAUAUCUCCAAGUGCAAAGGCAUCUUUGGCUCUAUCACAAAUAUAUGCUGAAUGGCUUCACCCGAACAAGCAAAACAAGUCUUACCUGCCAGAGACUCCUUUUCCACACGAUCAACUCGUAAGCCUCGGUAGAUUGAAGGUGUUUUCAAGCAUUCAUGAUGGGUUAUCACAUGGGUUCAAGAAGCCAUGUAUAGUGUUUGCUGGCCAUCCCUCACUAAGAAUGGGGGAUGCUGUGCAUUUUGUGGAGAUGUGGGGAAAGUGUUCACUUAAUUCAAUCAUAUUUGUUGAACCAAGUUAUUCCCACCUUGAUGCGCUUGCCCCCUUCCAACCCCUCACGGCUCGUGCGUUUCACUUCCCCAUUGAUACGAGGACCACCCACCAAGCUGCUAGUAGGAUGAUUGACAGUUUGAACCCACGACAAGUGGUCGUACCUCCAAGUUACAUGACGCCACCACCAGAAGCACCACACCACACUGAGUUGAAAUUAGAGUUGAAAAACAAAGUUGAAAUCCUGAAUCGCAACACUGUCAUUAAACUUAAUGUCAAACGAAGCAAUGAGAAAGUUAAUCUGGAACCAGAUUUGGCUGCUUCAUUACACCCAACACAAAUGAAACCUGGAGUUUUAGCUGCUCCAUUGAGUACAAUGUCAACAGAGAGGAACAAUAAACAUCUUUUUAAGCCAAUAUACAAGCGGGUACAAACUACAGGGGGAGGUAGGAAACGUAAGUUUUACGAAGAAGUCUCACACCGACCACUUAUUUAUGGGAAGCUGGAAAUCAAUGCAUUUGUUGAUUGUUUGAAACAAGAAGGAUUUGCUGAAGCAAAAGUUGAAUCAAGUUCAACGGGGAAAAUGAUAAUACUGAAAGAUACAAUCAUUCAGAUAGAAGAUGGAUCAACGCAUAUUGUGUGUGAAGGAAAUGAAAGUCUACGUAUCAAACUACGAGAUAUUUUGUUAAAGAACUUAAACUCUGCUUCAUGAUGUUAUAAUAGAGUGUUAAUGUGUCGUAAUACAAGAAGAGUCAGAUGAAA